AAAAUGUUUGGACAUAAUCUUUACCUUUAUCUUAUUUUAAAGACCCAACGUGAUAAUACUUUACCCGAAACAAACGCAAAUUCCUCUUCUGCCUCAACAACCUCAUCAGUUUCUAAUAAUCACACAACUGCCUCUGUUUCUGCUACAAUAUUGCCUUCCUCAAAUAAUAGCCCUCAACAACAAAAACAAAUUAAAAAAGCAGAAUCUGAAGAUUUAAUAAUUGGACAUUCAUUGCCUUCUAAUUCAUUAAAUAUACUACCUUCUUCACCAAAUAAUAAUAAUCAAAUACAAAAUAUUUCUUUAGCCGUUGCUGCCUCACAACAACCACUUGCCAAUUUAAUUACCUCGAUUAAUAGGCAAUUUUUAUAA